AUGAAUUAUCCAGUUAAAGAUGAUUUGGAAACAACGACAAGAUGCGUAGGAUCAACAGCGCGAACCCAGCACGCGCGAGCGACGCAAAGAGAAGUCACGCGAAUAUUAUUAACAGCUCGAGAAAACUUGCUGAAUGACAUCGCAGACUUGGCAAGGCUCUUGCCGUCUCGAGAGCAGCGGGACCUGGAAAUCGCCGAGCGUAAGCACAAGGAGGCGAGCAAGAUGAUUGAUACCGACGAGGUUGACAUCGCACAACUUUGCGCACAAAAUAUCGUCCUCUGGCACAUUUUCCUCGAGGCUUUCUCCAAGCAGGAGCCUGUGCACCAGCAUUUAGCUCGGAUUCACCAUCAACUACGCGUUAAACGGUUCUCUGAAGGGUUCUUUGUUCUCGAGAAUCCACGAACAUCAGCAGCAGGCUGCUACGACGCAAAUUAUCAAUCUUAUCAAGCGGUGAGUGAGGCAGCCCGGAGAUCGCGUUACUUGGCGGCUCUUCCACCCUUACCGGUUCACUGUCCUGAGCUCGAUGGCGAUCUCAAUUCCCUUCCUUUGAUAUUCGAGGACAAUUACGCUGACAUGCAACAGAGGCAUCGUAACAGCGUUCCCAGCAUAGAAGACUGCAGCUGCGGGAUAUCCGCGAUCCUGGAGUCCCGCGGGUCCAGCGUCUGGUCACCCCGCAGCGAAGGAGCCGCCCAGGACAUCGCCUCGAUCCAGGCCAGGCUGUCUCUAGGACCAACCUCGCUCCCAGCUCGUCACAGCAAGUCCUUGGACCAGUUGGGCCCUGAAAUAGCCAGCCCGCAGCCCAGAACUUCGCCGAAAACGCUUCCGAGGUCCGCAUCGACACAACUAUUCCCUCGGCAGCGGUCAGGAGGACGCAAUCCAACUCCGCCGACCUCAGUGCCCUCCAAGGGGAGGUCUCGCUCCCAGGCUCCGCUUCACACUGCUCGGAGCACAACGCUCUUUCCUCCCUCGGGUCAGCAGCAGGCUUUCUCCGCGCCGAACCCGUCUCUAGGGUCAACGCCAGUAAUGCCGCUCCCACGAGCAAAAUCAACCCAAAUGUUGGUCGCAAACUCCGGACACGAGUACAUGCAACCCUCGACAUCAAUAACCUCGCUGUUAGCCGCGAUGUUUCCCGAGCUGCCGCCAAACGGACACUUCCCGGGGUAUCGACCUUCGAACAAGACCUGCGAGUUCGGAAUUCCCUCCUGCAACUUCGACUUGAAUAAUAAAUUCGGGUCCUUUGAUAGCAAUCACAAGCCGGAGUCUAACAGCACCGGGAACCAGCGGAUACGACUGGAGCCCCGAAGCCAUCGGCUCUUCCACCACGACAAGUCGCUAAACAUCCCGAACGGAGUGUUUGAUCAAACCAAUUCCGGCAACAUGCGAUCCGCGACCCUGGAUCGCGUGACCUAUCGCGGGAACCACCGGAAGCAGGCUGCCAAGAGUAACACCGACAACCGGCGGUAUCACACCCUCGGGAAGUCUUCCGGACACCCGGAGAGAGUAAAAUCCCAGGACUUCCUUAAUACUUUGAACGGAGACGCCCAGAGCCACACUUUGCUUGUUGAUCCUUUGAACAAGAGGUUUAGUGGCGUUUAUGGUGACGUCAAUGUCGAUUCCUUUUUCUACAGGACCAACGGGACCAGCGGCAAGAACUCUGACCGCCCGAAGAGACCCAAGAGUACUGAGAGGCUCUUUGAUGUUGGUCGGGUCGAUUACUCCCAGGAUAAGGAGAAUUAUGAACGCGAUAGAUAUAUCAAUUCACGCUUUAGAAAA